CAGUCGGGCUGGGAGCUGGCGGGCUGCGCUCUGAGCGCCGCGCGUGGAGCCCCCCGGGGCAGGCCAACCUCGACGGAGCCCGCCGCGCCCCGCUCUCGAUGGGACUGAGCGCGGCGGCGGCUCCGCGCUCGGGCGGCGGAGGCUGAGCGCGCCCCGCGGGGGCGCCGGGCAUGGCCGCGGGCGGGCGGGGGCCGAGCCGUAGCCGCGGGCACAGCGCCCUCGCGGGGGGCACCGCCGCGGCCAUGGAGCGCCGCUGAUCGCCGCCGCCGCCAGAGACAAUGGCCCUGCACAAACUCUGCUCGGUGCUGGAAGUGUUGCUUGUAACAAUCCUGGUAGUGGAAGGCAUUGCUGUUGCUCAGAAGACACAAGGUGGGCAAAGUAUUGGAGUGAAUCGCAUUCCUCCCACUCAGUGUGACAACUGGGUCCGGACCAGUAAUGGAGGACAUUUUGCUUCACCAAACUACCCAAACAUGUACCCACCCAAUCAAGAGUGCAUCUAUAUCUUAGAAGCUGCUCCACGACAAAGAAUUGAGUUGACCUUUGAUGAACCUUAUUACAUAGAACCCUCAUUUGAAUGUCGGUUUGAUCACCUGGAGGUUCGAGAUGGACCUUUUGGGUUCUCCCCUCUCAUUAAUCGUUACUGUGGUCUGAAAAGUCCUGCACUAAUUAGAUCAACAGGGAGAUUUAUGUGGAUCAAGUUUAUUUCUGAUGAGGAGCUGGAAGGAAAGGGAUUUCAAGCAAAGUACUCAUUUAUACCAGAUCCUGACUUCACUUACCUAGGAGGUAUUUUAAAUCCCAUCCCAGACUGCCAAUUUGAGCUCUCAGGAGCUGAUGGAAUAGUACGUUCCAGUCAAGUAGAACAAGAAGGAAAAACAAAACCAGGACAAGCAGUUGACUGUAUCUGGACAAUUAAAGCCACUCCAAAUGCUAAGAUCUAUAUGCGAUUUCUGGACUAUCAGAUGGAGCAUUCCAAUGAAUGCAAAAGGAACUUUGUUGCUGUGUAUGAUGGGAGCAGCUCCAUUGAAAACCUGAAGGCCAAGUUCUGCAGCACGGUGGCCAACGACGUGACGCUGCAGACAGGGACAGGGGUGGUGCGGAUGUGGGCAGAUGAAGGCAGCAGACUGAGCAGGUUCAGAAUGCUCUUCACUUCCUUUGUGGAUCCUCCCUGCUCAGGCAACACUUACUUCUGCCAUAGCAACAUGUGCAUCAAUAAUUCUUUAGUCUGCAAUGGCAUUCAGAACUGUGCAUACCCUUGGGAUGAGAAUCACUGCAGAGAAAAGAAAAAAACUGGAUUGUUUGAACAAAUCACCAAAACGCAUGGGACAAUCAUUGGCAUCACAACAGGGAUAGUUUUAGUUCUUCUCAUCAUUUCAAUUCUAGUGCAAGUAAAGCAACCUCGCAAAAAGGUUAUGGCUUGCAAGACUGCCUUCAAUAAAACUGGUUUCCAGGAAGUUUUUGAUCCUCCUCACUAUGAACUGUUCUCAUUAAGGGACAAAGAAAUUUCUGCAGAUUUGGCAGAUUUAUCAGAGGAACUUGAAAACUAUCAGAAACUGCGCCGCCCUUCCACAGCUUCCAGAUGCAUUCACGACCACCACUGUGGCUCCCAGGCCUCCAAUAUCAAGCAGAGCAGGAGCAACCUGAGCUCCAUGGAACUGCCCUUCCGCAAUGACUUCGCGCAGCCCCAGCCCAUGAAAACAUUUAACAGCACAUUCAAGAAAAGCACUUACACUUUCAAGCAAGCCCACGACUGCCCCGAGCAGGUGAUAGAAGACAGGGUGAUGGAGGAGAUUCCAUGUGAAAUUUAUGUCAGAGGAAGAGAAGAUACAGCACAAGGUUCAUUAUCUAUUGACUUUUAACUUUCUGCUAAGGUGGUAUCAAUGUAUAUACAAAAUGGUCGUGUACAAUGACAGUGUAUAUAUUAAAAGUGUACCAUAUGCAGCGUGUGAAGUGCACACACUUUUAGCUUAUUAUACUUCAUUUCAAAAAAACAAAGCCAGUCUUCAUAAUUAAUUCUUGCUGAAAAAUUGGUGGAUUUCCUCCAGUCUUCCCAAGCUACCUAUCAAGUGGAGGAGUAAGACAGAGACUUUGCAUGGAAAUAAGAUAGGAUGGUGGAAGAAAAAAACCAUACAACUACUAAUCAUUGAACAAUGAAAGCAAUGACUACUAUUCUCUUAUUCAUACCAUUUACUCUUCUUUAGAUGUCUGCUUUUCAAGACAAUUUUAAUACCUCACUUGCAUAAAUAAAAGUAGUUAAGUGCA